ACAGAAUAAUGACGUUUAUGUGAUUGUGAUUGUAAAUUUUAUUUCUAGCUGUUUUUCUAGACAAAAGCAAAUAUAGUAGAAUAAUUAAUGUGAGUAGGAUUUCUGCAGAUAUUCGUUGAAACAAUGAAAUGAAAGAUGAUGGGAGAUCAGUUUCGUAAAGUCGAACAAUAUUCUCCAAAAUCAUCUCCAAGAGGGGCCAGGUCCCCUGUUGUAUCACGUCAAGAUUCUUCGGGAACAUUAAAAACGACAAUUUUGCUGGGAAAGAAUCCUUCGAUCGUCCCCAGUGGACCUUUCUACUUGUUGAAAGAACCACCUGUGGAGUCUGAGCUAACAGGAGCCACAAAUUUGAUGACCUACUAUGGUCUGGAGCAUUCUUAUAGCAAGUUUAGUGGCAAAAAAUUGAAGGAACAGUUGUCAUCAUUUCUUCCUACAUUACCAGGAGUUAUUGAUUCUCCUAGUCAACAAGACAACAGUUCUCUUAGAUCUGUUAUUGAAAAACCUCCCAUUGGUGGGAAAGAGCUGUUACCACUCACAAAUAUACAAUUGGAUGGCUUUAGAUUACAUCCAGGACCUCUUCCUGAACAAUAUCGCUAUGCUAAUGCAGCACCAAUAAAGAAACAUAAAAACAAACAUAAAAAACAUAAGCACAAGGAAGGUGGAUUACCUAGUCAAGAAACCACUGUAUCUGACACAAAUAGUGAAACUCAUGAAAAGAAACACAAGAAGCAGAAAAGACAUGAUGAGGAAAAGCGGAAAAGAAAGAAAGAAAAGAAGAGGAAAAAGCAGAAGCACAGUCCUGAACACAGUACUGGUUUAACACCCAGUCAGCAUUCCAGUUGAACAGAUCUUCCUAUUACCCUACCUAUUUUAACAUUAUAUAUAAUUCAUCAUAUUAUUAUAAUUCUCUAUUAUAUUUUCUCAAUU